AUGGCCAUGAGCACCUGUCUACGAGACAAGAACAAUCCAAAUGUCAUUGAGACAGCCUGUCGGACUAUGGAUCUGAUGCAAGAGAGAACGCAAGAGAUGGGCGGCGGUCCGCCUCCUCUGACCAGACACCUACAAUCCACGAACCUUCUGAAGAUUCGUCGACCCCAGGGUCACACCACGACGACCAUGAGCCAGGCUGUGCUCACUCAUCCUCCCCCCAGCAUCAAAACUCCUCCUACUACCCUCAAAAUGGAGAGACAGACGCAGUACGACAACGCGGUCAUCCCACAGGCCGAUGCGCUCCAUCUCGCCGGCGUCGCGGCCGGCAAGGACAUCAGCUGCGACGUUUUUCGUACCAGGCGAGUGGAAAAGGUGGUAGCUCGCCUUAAAACUAUUGAAUCGCCGCCUGAAGGACUUCUGAUCGAAAAGAAAUCGAACAUCUGGAUCCAAAUAUCUCGGACUCCAGGGGCUCGGACGCCGGCUUCACAGGGACAAAGUGCUUGA